AUGGAACGAAAUGAGCAAACUAUGUUAUUUGCGCUAUGCGCAUUGGUCACCGCGUUUAUGUGCGGUCGCAGCGAAUCCAUUAUCGGGUGCGGAGAAUGGGCAUCAGUCGCGCAUCGGUUGAUAGAAAAGAGCAAUUCGGUGCGGUCUGAAUAUAACUUUAUCGGGGACAGCACUGUUUUGACGCUUCUAGCAUCUUUCUUUGUCGGAGUUACGCACUUUGAAUUGCAUAAUGCUCGGCAAAGUUGGUUCUACCUCCGCGAAGCUAUAACCUUGGCGCAGGCACUUGGCUUGCACACGGACGAGUUCUACUGUGGCAUGGAUUAUGUGAGCGCUCUGUACUGCCGUCGAAUUUACAACAUUCUGUUCGUCACGGAGAGAUCUUUCGCGGUAGCAAGACAUAAACCGGUCCUUCUACCUCGCCCGUUGCUUUUUCCUGCUCCCGGGCCGAACGAUCAACUAGAGGGCCUGGAAGAACAGCCAGAAAUUGACGUCGGAUUCCGCCAGCUUGUGCACGUUUAUUCGCAGAUCGAUGUCAACUUUUUGGACUUCUGGAGUGAAAAGGAGACAAUCGGCACAACCCAUUCGACAUGGAACCUUUUUUGCUCAAAGUUGCUUCCGGACUGCGUUGUGAUGUCUGACGCUCAUAAAGCUGAUAUCUUUGUGACCCAGCACUGGCUUGACCUGGUUCUAUGGAGAGCGGCCCUUCGGCAGGGGUUACUUUCUACCAAGGCGGGAUCACGGUCUAGGACGUUUUCUUAUCCACAGGAUGUUGCGUUAUCCUUACUACAGACAUUGACAUCGCUCUCUAAAGAGUCAGUGGCAGUACAUGGACUAGGGAUUUUCGAAAAAAUAUACGACGUAGGCAACACUCUGGCUGACUUCAUGCAUUGCUCAACAAAUUUGACAGGCUGGACAGAGGCAAUGUCACAGAACAUGGACCGACUAGACUCAAUUCAAAAACAGCUCUCUCUAAGUCCAAACUCCCACGAUAAAUUCGCCCUGUCUCUAGGAGGACGAUUGGCUGAGUAUUCUAUUUUCUUUGGUAGCCCUUUUACCAUGUAUAAUUUGGUCAUUAGAGACGAAGAUGUGGAAGACCAACGGGAUGCAUACACCCUGGAAUGA